AUUGCAGUUGCCCGUAUUUUUUAUUUAUUUAUUUUUUUAACCGUUCAUCAGACUCCUUCGAUGGCACCAGUCACGAUCAACAUGGCGCUCAGCGGCCUCUCUAUCCCUCGAUCUUUAUGACCCAAAUGCCAAUCAGACCAACCGCUUUUUUCAAGAAGAGAGGAAACAAAGUCGCUUCCGCGGCUCGUGCUUUUGGGGGAAAACCGGAAGAGGGCCUUUCCUGAGUUGGAGCCUGUGCGCGAGGAUUUUUUUUUUUUCUUCUUUUUUUUUCCCGGUCAGGUUCCUCAGCGUGAGGACUUUGGGAGGGUCGCCAUGGAGGCGCCUCCUCGGUCCCCUUCUCCCCAUGUCAUCUGCGAGGGAGACUGGGCUGUUCUCAAGCGGGGGGACGUGUUCAAAGCGGUCGCCGUGGUGAAGCGAAGAAAAAUUGUUUUUGAAAAACAGUGGUUCUGCUUAGAUAAUGCCAUUGGGCAUGUUUAUGGAACAUCAUUUGAAGUGACUAGUGGUGGUAGUCUUCAGCCAAAGCGGACGUUAGAAGAGAUGAAUCCAGAAACAAAAGAAGCAGGUACAGAUAAUCGUAAUAUAAUAGAUGAUGGAAAGUCUCAAAAACUGACUCAUGAUGAUAUAAAGGCUUUGAAGGAUAAAGGCAUCAAAGGACAGGAAAUAGUUCAACAAUUAAUAGAGAACAGCACCACGUUUAGAGACAAAACAGAAUUUGCUCAAGAUAAAUACAUCAAAAAAAAGAAAAAGAAAUAUGAGGCAGUUAUUACGAUCAUAAAGCCAUCUACUCGUAUAUUAUCAACAAUGUACUAUGCAAGAGAACCAGGAAAGAUCAACCAUUUGCGGUAUGAUACUCUAGCCCAGAUGUUAACUUGGGGAAAUGUUCAUGCUGGCAACAAGAUGAUAGUAAUGGAAACCUGUGCAGGACUGGUGCUGGGAGCUGUAAUGGAACGAAUGGGAGGUUAUGGAUCGAUUGUUCAGAUAUAUCCAGGAGAAGGACCUGUUAGAGCAGCCACAAGUUGUUUUGGAUUUCCUAAAACUUUUUUUGACACACUCUCUGAGUUCCCCCUCAGCAAAGUGGCCAGCGUUCUGUCUGGAACAUUUUCUUUAACACCAUUGCCUUCAGAGUGCGAAGAAAAAACACCAGUGAUAGAAGACAAUGGUUCUGGGGAUGACAAGGAACUUUCUAUACCAGAAGUAGAUGUGGAAUGCAGUCCUGAGGUAGCUAUGGAGAGUGGCCAACCUGAAGAUCAAGAAAUAGUGGAAUUUGCAUCGGAUGCACUUGAUGAUAAAGCCAAGGGGACAACACAUGACAAACAAAAGAAACAAGAGGAAAAGAAGAGAAAGCUGAUAGCAGCUGCUGCUUUAUUGAAAAACAAGGAUGCUGAUGGUUUAAUUGUAGCCAGUCGAUUUCAUCCAACAAGUUUAUUACUCCUAUUGUUAGAGCUGGUAGCUCCUUCAAGGCCUUUUGUUGUCUACUGCCAAUAUAAAGAGCCACUACUAGAAUGUUAUGCAAAACUGAGAGAGAAAGGUGGUGUCAUUAAUCUGAAACUUUCUGAAACAUGGUUACGAAACUAUCAGAUCUUGCCAGAUCGAAGUCAUCCCAAAUUGAUAAUAAGUGGUGGCGGUGGGUACCUACUGACAGGUAUCACUGUUAAAAAUGAAAGCAUAAAUACCAGUGACUGCUUAGACGAGCCAUCUUCUAAAAAGCGUAAGCUUCAAGAACACCAGUAAUGCUUCAAGAAAUUAUCCUUGUGCUCUGUUACUAACUGAAUUUAAAGGCCCAGCGGAAUGCACUUUGUUUUCCAUUUGCAACUGAAGGUUCUUUUUUAAAUCAAUCAGGUUCAACCAAAUGUUUUUAUUGCCAAUGUCAUUCCAGACUUAGGUCGUCCCCAUAACUUAUGGAGCAUUACUUUAGAAAAGGGGUGUCAAACUCGAUUUCAUUGAGGGCCACAUCAGGGUUGUGUUUGACCUCGGACGGGGGUGGGUGGGGGUGGGGGGAUCAUGGUGGGUGUUUGACACAGGCUCAAGAUGUGGCUUUUCCCUUCUUUUUUUCCACAGUUCUUUACUAUAACAAUUUUUCUGUCUCUUCUACCAGAUAUUACAGGCAAACAUUUAUUACUUAUUCUUCAUACUCCACUAAACUUUUUAUUUCUAAAUUUAUACCCCAUUGUUUAAUAGUAAAUUGCUUUUCUAGGCAAUUUAUACUAUUGCCUGGAAAAGCUAUUUAUACUAUUCAACUAAUAAUAAAAAUACAAUAGCAUAAAUAACGUGAUAAUACAAGACCUAACAGCAGGGAUAAAUUUCCAGGAUAGUAAAUGGAAAUGGCUGUCAAUUAUGGAUUGUUGAUUGUAGAUUAAAUUGACCUACAGCAUGUAAAAUCUGGCAUUAAACUGUAGUAUUAACAUAGGAUGUUGUUUAUUUUCUAUCCAGAUCAGGCACUUACUUUAGGCCACAUAAUUGUAAUCCAGUCCUCCUGCAGCACUUGGCCAGCUGAGUGGAGGCCUCAUGGGGCUUCCAUGUGGCCUGGUUUUGGCCAGCAGAGUGCUGCUGGAGGCCAUAGUGGCCGAAAACGGGCCUCACGGAGCCUCCGCACAGCCCGUUUUUUGCCUCCCCAGCCUCCAAAAGCAUUCUGCUGGCCAAAAAUGGGCCUCACGGGGGCUGCAAGCAGACUGCCUGUGGCCCGUUUUGGCCAGCAGAGGCACCGCAGGCCGGUCCUUUGAUAUUUCCAGGCUGACCUCACGGGCCAGAUUUAAGCACCCCUCAGGCCACAUCAGGGCCGCAGGCCUUGAGUUUGAUAUCCCUGCUUUAGAAGAAUAUGAUUAAGUGUCAGUCUUCCUGGAAAUGUUGCAAAAAUUGACUGAAAGUCCAGCUCGAUUCUAUUUCAGAAUUUUGUUUUGAAUUCAAAAACCAUGUUUACACUAAUCCCAUUUCCAUUUCUGUUAAAAUCAAUGUUUUUUUUAACUAAGUGAAAUGAAUGUUUCAAAAUGCUGUACUAUUAUCAGUGAGAAAUGCAAGAUUAAUGCUAGACUAUUGCAUAUUUUAACCAUUAUUAAUUAAAAAAAAAACAAACAUUACAUAUUACUUUGGAAAUGUUAGAAGUAAUGCUAGUCUGUUUUCAUUUAAUACUUAAAAAAAAAAAAUAAACCUGGUUUCCAUCUUUUUAACAUGUAAUAACUAUAUUUUUAUGUGGAGUUUUUAAUCUGUAAAUUUGCAUUUGAAUAAAUUAUAUUAUUUUGUGA